AUGACAAACGAGACCGCUUCAAUGAGUGCCAGUAAACGUACCUCUGCGACCUCCAGCCCGCGGCAUAAUCAGACAGCACGACCUGCCUUACCCCACACACCACAGCAACCGACACGAUCGGGAAGCACAUCAUUCGCCAGCAACACAUCUCCCAGCCCAUCAUUUCGAAGUGAGGAUGAUGCGAUAAUAUUUGAGAUAGGCGCGCGAUGGCUACGCGCAGGCUUCGAAGGAAGCAGCGCGCCCGUAUGCGUGGUUGGAUUUGGACCCGAAGAAUCAAGGAGAGCGGGCGACUACCGGGGAUGGAUACAAGGCAGCAUAGGUGCUGCACGACUCCCGCAGCCUGUCAACGCGGAGGAUUGGGUGCGAGCGUAUGAACUUUGGCGGCCAGAUUCAAGAGAAGUUGAUCUGGGCUUAGUCGAGGACAAGAUAGAGCGCUCUUUUCGAGAGACAUACAACCAAUAUUUGUUGACAGAUGCUGGCACCUCUCGACUGGUACUUGUGCUACCAUCUCUCAUGCCACAUCUACUGUUGUCAUCAUUGCUAUCGACUCUAUUUAGUCGUUGGCGCUUCCCGAGCGUGACGCUUUUAUCCAGCGCAACCAUGUCAGCCACAGCCGCAGGAUUGCGGUCAGCUUUGGUGGUUGAUAUCGGCUGGGCUGAGACCACGGCAACGGCAAUUUAUGAAUAUCGAGAAAUGGCUACGAAGAGGACGACACGGUCUAUGAAAACUUUGAUGCAGGAAACGGGACGACUCCUUACUGGAUUGGCUUCCAAUGCUGGCCACGAUACGGAGACCCCCCACGAGAUUUCAGUCGGAUUUGCGUAUUGCGAAGAAGUUGUCAGUAGGUUUGCCUGGUGCAAGACAGAGGACCACGAAGCUUUUAACGAGGCCAGCAAGACAUUAGCCAUUCCUUCACCUGCAAACCCGGAGCAGGAGUACAUGGAUGUGCCGUUCUCACGUCUCUCUGAGCCCACCGAGAAGGUGAUGUUUGCGCCGGGUAUCUCAGAGCAUGAAUUGGACGACGAGGAAAAAUCACUGCCUCUGCUUGUCUAUAAUACCCUUCUCGCUCUUCCUCCUGAUGCCCGGGGAACUUGCAUGUCUCGCAUUGUAUUUGUGGGUGGUGGCUCUCGAAUCCCAGGCCUAAGACACCGCAUCCUCAAAGAAGUCUCAGGUUUGAUCGACCGUCAUGGAUGGAGUCCUAUUCGAGGAAAAGCCCUCGAACGACAGCGGCAGAGGUUGGAGCAGCUGAAGCUUUCGGCCCCAAAGCCCCCUGAUGACACCCAAAAACCCGAAACCAAUGGAGAGGCGUCAUCCACCGAUGGCGAUAUAGUUGAUCCCUCGAAGGAAGUGCCUGAGAUCGACUUUGUGGAACAAAAGCUACGUCGACUGAACAAAGAGAUCCCAGUGCCUGUUCAAGGAGUGCUCCGCGAGAUUGAGUCCCUUGGUCCUUGGGCUGGUGCAAGCUUAGCGACUAGUCUCAAAAUCCGGGGAAUGGUGGAGAUAGAACGAGAGAAGUUCCUCCAACAUGGAUUGGCUGGAGCCACACGAGAUACUGACCACCCUGUUCCUGAUCGCCGAUCUGGCCUGAGAUCUGGUGGUGAUCGGUCGAGUUGGACGCUAGCAGGCUGGGCAUGA